AUGAUCUCCAUCCUUCAAGAACUAUCCCUCAAGAGAGACUUAGCAGUGCCACAGGAAGAGAUAAAGAAGAAGAAGAAGAAUGAGGAGAAGGAUGGGGAGGAACUGAAUGGGAACCGACUAUGUAAUAUUGUAGGCACGCACCACCCACGUCGUCCACCCCUCCGCGGAAGCCGGCGCUGCGUCGCCUCGUCCCCAUUAGCCACGUGGCCUGGAGCGCAGGGGCGGGGGCGCACGCGCCGACAACUGGGUCCGGCGUCGCGACGCCUGCGCGCGCCGCCGUUCGGAAAACAAAUUAACGCCGCGGCGCGGCGCGGCGCGGCGUUGCCGGCUUUGUGCCCGCGGCUCGCACCUCUUGCCCAAGGUCUGGGAACGGAAGGCGCCUACGGCUGUUCCCAGACGCCGCCGCGGAGAGCACUUAGACAAAGUCCGGAGGAGCAGCUUCGAAUCAUGCGGUGAUGAUGUAAGAAAGGAACGAAACUGAAAAUGUAGAAUUUGUAUUAAGCAUGUAUUUUUUACAUUGUAUAAAAAUUUCGUUGCAAGUUUCGAAAUGCCAAACUAGUCCUGUUAAUUUUAAUGCGAUAGCUUUGAACAUAUGGACUUCGUUAAGAAUAUUUGUUAUUUUAAGAAAGUCACGCUAAUUCUCAACAUUCGAAACGUAUGAACGUAAAGUAACUGAAAGAAAUAGGAGC